GUAAAACUGAAUUUUUUAAAAACAGCGUUGAAUUCUGUGGAUACAAAGUUGAUUGUAACGGGCUUCACAAAACGGAUGCUAAAAUUAAAGCGAUUCGUGACGCACCGAGGCCGGAAAAUGUCAGUCAAGUUUGGACUAUGAAAUUGAAUUUAAACCAACGGCAAAACACUGUAACGCAGAUGGGUUAUCUAGAAUGCCGCUUCAAGCACAAGAGAACGAAACUGAAGACGAUAUUACCGAUGCUACAGUAAACAGCUUUGCCAUUUGUGACUCUCUGCCGAUAACGUGCAAACAGGUUAGAAAUCAAACUUGUUGUGACGCUGAUUUAAUGGAAGUAUAUGACUCUGUAAUGAAAGGGUGGUCGUUGUCCCAGUCACAAAAACCCAAUAUCAAGCCCUACUAUUUUCAUAAACGUGAAAUAACGGCACAUGAUGGUUGUUUGAUGUGGGGUUCAAGAGUAAUCAUACCAAAUUCUCUGAGAUCACGUUUGUUAAAAGAAUUGCAUGAUGGUCAUGUUGGAAUUGUGAAAAUGAAAUCUUUGGCUCGAAGUUAUUUCUGGUGGCCAGGAUUAGACAAAGACAUAGAAAAUAUGAUUAAAAAUUGCAAUGACUGCCAAAUGCAGCAAAAUGAACCUUCGAAAGCUCCUCUACACCACUGGGAGUGGCCCCAAGCACCAUGGAUCCGAGUCCAUGUAGAUUUUGCCGGGCCAUUCAAGGGGGCGAUGUUUUUAAUAGUUGUAGAUGCAUAUUCAAAAUGGCCGGAAGUUAUUAAAAUGUCGUCAACUAACGCCAAUAGUACUAUCCGUGUCAUAAGAAGUCUUUUUGCUAGAUAUGGUUUACCGGAAUAUCUUGUGAGUGACAAUGGGCCUCAAUUUUCUUCACAUGAAUUUGCGAACUUUUUGAAAGCAAAUGGCAUCAAGCAUAAGAAAUCUGCACCUUAUCAUCCAGCAUCUAACGGCGCUGCCGAACGAUUUGUACAAACGUUCAAGCGCGCUAUGCGCUCAGUUAAUGAUGCCAACAAAUUCGACUUACAUUUGGAUGAUUUUUUACUGGGGUAUCGAAAUACCCCUCAUUGCACAACGGGUGAGGCACCGUCUGUAUUAUUCUGUAAACGACGUCUUCGUACUAUUUUGGACUUGAUCAAACCUAACAUUCGUAAUCGUGUUGAGGAAAAACAAUAUACAGUGCGGACGAAGAGUAACAAAACUCUGCGAUCAUUUAGCGUUGGUGAAACAGUCCUCGUUAGAGAUUACCGUGGGAAUUCGAAAUGGAAACGUGGUGAAAUAACAAAAAUAAUAGGUCCACUGACUUAUAUGGUCAGUGUUGCUCCUAAUGUUAGUUGGAAGAGGCAUAUAGACCAGAUUAUCAAAUCUGACUUGAAGAUCGAGCAACAACAUAGAUAUGAAGAGCAACUGCUUGAAUCUGAAGAUGAUCAUUUUAAACAUGACGAGCCUGCAAGUAAGGAUCUAGAUGCAACAAACAGUGCAGUAUCCAAAAGUCCAGUGUUGUCUCCAAACAUAGAGUUAUCACCACCGAACUCUCCCAACGAUCAGACACCGGAAACAGACGAAUCGCAGAAUCCGACACCAACUCCAAAGUCGACAACUGACAUGGAACGACGUUAUCCACUUCGGCAGAGAAGGAGACCAGAUAGAUUUCAAUUUUAA